AUGCCCGGUCGGUACCUGAAGCGCUGCCCGGCUCCGCCAUCCGGGAGCUGCGGCCCGGGGCCCCCGGCCCGGCCCUGCCGGGGCCCGGAGCGUGGCGGGACGGCGGCGGCCGGCGCGGGGCUGGAGCGGGCGGCGGAGCCCGCAGCGGCGGAGCGCGGGGCCCGCAGCGCCGGGAAGGGGCAGCUCAUGUCCCUGCCUCGCCCUGCAUGGCCCCAGCGAGAUGAGUCCCCGUCCUGUGGCACCACCACCGGCCUCCCUCCGGCCUCCUCCGACAGCGACUCCGGCUGUGCCCUGGAAGAGUACCCGGAACCCCCUGCGGACCCCGCACCCCCCGAGGCCCUGCCGUGCCUCGGCCCCCGCUCGCCGCAGCCCGGCUCUCCCUCCGACAGGACGCAGGUCCGCGCCAGAGCCCUCCUGCAGCAGCUGCCUCCCCAGGACUGCGAUGAGCGGUACUGCCCCGAGCUCGCCGAGGAGGAGCGGUGGCAGCUGCGAGCGUUCAGCGCCCGCCGGAGACGGGAGGCCCUGGGCCAGGGGCUGGCACGUCCCGUGCCCGGUCCCUGCCACGGCUGCCCCUGCAGGAAGUGCGGCAGGAGGCUGAACAAAGGCGACCCGGGGAUUUCAGUGUCUCGGCUGGGGGACCAGUUCUGGCACCCGUCCUGCUUCUCCUGCCACUUCUGCCACCAGCCGCUGGUGGAUCUCAUCUACUUCCAGCAGGAUGGGAGGAUCUACUGUGGCCGGCACCACGCUGAGCUCUUCCGACCCCGCUGUGCCUCCUGUGACCAGCUGAUCUUCAUGGAGGAGUGCAUCGAGGCCGAGGGCCGGCGCUGGCACCUGGAGCACUUCUGCUGCCUGGAGUGCGACGUGCCCCUGCGUGGGCAGCGCUACGUGAUGAGGAGCGGCCGGCCCUGCUGCCGCGCCUGCUUCGAGAGCCUCUUCGCCGAGCCCUGCCAGGCCUGCGGGGACCCCAUCGGUGCUGACAGCGAGGGGGCCACCCACCAAGGGCUGCACUGGCACGCCCGGGCCGCCUGCUUCUGCUGCAGCCUGUGCCGAAAGCCGCUGCGGGGACAGCCCCUCACCUGCCGCCGCGGCCGCCUCUUCUGCUCCGACGCCUGCAGCCUGCGCCAGGGCUCGUCCUCCUCCUCCAGCACCUCCGACUCCUCCGACUCGGCCUUCGCCUCGGCUCCGUCCCCGGACUCGACACCCCUGUCCCGAGCCGGCCCGGCCAGCAGGACCACACCGGGGUCCGGUGGCCCCUCAGCUCCAGGGGGCUGCAGGCAGCGCGUGGAAGGGGCUGAGGCGUUUUUGGAUCAGGCCCCUGUGCAUCCCGCGUUCAGGAGCCCAGAGGACCACGGAGCAGCCGCCAAGGAGCGGAGCAGCGAUGCUGUGCACACAGGGAUGCUGGGACCACCAGCCACCCACCCCUCUGCCCCCCAGCCCAGCCCAGAGGGGCCCAAAGAGCCUGGAGCCUUGGGCCACCCAGUUUUGGGGGGUCCUGACCCCCGAACACCCGUGGGCCAUGGAAACCCCUCUUCCCGAGCGGGCACGUCCCCCCCCCGACACAGCCCCCGGCCGGAGCACAUCGACCUGCAGGACAUCACGGAGGAGGAGGAGGACUCCUGGUGUCCCACCUGCUCCUCAUCUUCGGACUCGGACUCGGAGGAAGAGGGUUUCUUUUUUGGGAAGCCCAUCCCCAAGCCUGGGAUGAAUUCCCUGGGCAGGGAGCCCCCGGGGAAGGCUGGGGGCAGGACGGCCAAGCCCCGGGGCAGCAGCAAACACUGCAGUGUGUCCUAGCAGUGGGGACACGGGGGCCCUGACAUCCUGCCAGCCCCUGCUGGGUGCUGCCACGGUCUCAACAUGUUCCAAGUGCGUUUUGGACGUGGCCCAAGGCUGGUGGGAGAAGCUGCUGGGAUCCUUCCCCCCCGGCAGCUGCUGGCAAAGCACAGCCUGCAAUUCCUGCCGGCCUCUCCCGCAAUUAGGAACAGGUAAAGCAGGAAGGGAGCAGAGCUCACCUGGGCUCCAGCGCCUCAGACACGGCAGCAGCUCCAGGGAGAGCGGCCGGUGCUCCAGACAAGGGCAGCUGCCUGCACCAGACCCCUGGGCAAGGGUUGGAUCCUUUGGAUCCUUCCCUGGGACUCCUCCUUGCAGGAUGAGCACCACUGCCACGUGCUCUCCAUCUCUGGUGCCACCGUGUCCUGGUGGCACCGCGGGGAGGGACUGGGGGGGCAGCUCUGCUGCUGCCAAUGACGAAGCUCCAAUAAAGUUUGGCUGAAAUCUGAA